UGUGAUGCGACUAUGAACUGAACAAAGCGUAGACAUCAUUUCUCCAAUUGUUAGGAUGGAGGACACAUCUCUACUGUGGCUACUCCUUCUGACCUCACAGCUGAGCAGCACAACAAACCAAGCCUCUCUGACUGUGAGUUCCAGCAGCUCUCAGAUGUUUCAAGGACAGUCUGUCUCUCUGAGCUGUGAGGAGGACGACAGCUCUGCUGGAUGGACUCUGAGGAGGAACACAAGUCAUGAAACCAGGACUCAGUGUGAAGAUGGCUGGGGAAAACCUGUUGGUUCUAUCUGUUACAUCAGCUACUUGGUCCCAUCGCACAGUGGAGUUUACUGGUGUGAGUCCAGAGAGGGAGCAACCAGUAACAGCAUCAACAUCACUGUCACUGGUGGACCAGUGAUCCUGCAGAGUCCUGUCCUCCCUGUGAUGGAGGGAGAAGACCUCACUCUGACCUGUAAAACAAAGACGUCCUCCAACCCCCCAGCUGAUUUCUAUAAAGAUGACUCCUUCAUCAGGACUGAGCCUGCAGGUCACAUGACCAUCCACCAUGUUUCCAGGUCUGAUGAAGGCCUCUACAGGUGCAACAUCAGCAGAGUUGGAGAGUCUCCACCCAGCUGGGUCUCUGUCACAGACCAUCACGAGGUAACAGUGAAGGCUGGAGAGGACGUCCUUCUUAAGUGUCAGGCUCCCAGAGAUGCUCAGAUUGAAAUGGUGGACUGGAGCAGACCUGAUCUAGGUGAUUACAUCUUCCGGUUCAUACCACAACAGCCAACUACGGAUAACCAGCAUCCCUCAUAUCGUGGUCGAGUGGAGCUGAGAGAUCCGGAGAUGAAGGAUGGAAAUGUUUCUGUUGUUCUGAAGAACGUCAGAGUCAACGACACCGGAACAUACCAGUGUCGAGUUGUAAUCAAGGAGGGAGAAGAUCCUAAACUCUACAGCACCAUCCAGCUGACUGUCUCAGUCUCAGGACCUGACACACCAAGCCGACGGCCAGGAACUAGUGGCGACGAGGGCCAACUGUGGCGUCGCCUCUCGUCCCCUCUCGUAGCCUGUCUCUUGCCCAAAAGUGAACACACCGCACUGACUCCAGCCGACGGCCAAGUACCACAAGAGAUUGUGGUGCGCCUUGGCGAGAAGGCCACUCUGCCAUGUGAGGCUGCUGAUUCCUCCAUCAGCUUUGUAGAGUGGAGCAGACCUGACCUGAUGCCAGAUAUCGUCUUCUUAUACAGUGAUGGACACUUGGAAAAAAACAAACAGAAUCCAUCCUUUAAGGACAGGGUGGAGCUGGUGGACAGAAAUCUUAAGGACGGAGACGUGUCUUUAAUUCUGAAGAAUGUGAGCAGCAUCGACAACGGAACAUACAAGUGUGGAGUUAAACCAGCUGGUUCAAGACGUAGAAAGAGAGCCAACAUUGACUCUGAGCCAAUCAGAAUCAUCCGUCUGCAGGUUACAGGUGCUCAUGAUGUUGGAACAACAGACCAGGACCGCCUGCCGCAGCAGACAGUUGAACUCCUCUGACAACUUAGACGCCAAACAUAUCCCCCUCUGUGAAUCUCCACCUUUCCGUGGUGGGGGGGGUCUGUGUAUCUGAGUCUGGGAUCCGUAUUAUCUGGAGCUGUGAGAUUCUGUAGGGUCUCCAUGAUGAGUUGGUCCAGAGGAGGGUCAGACUAAGAGAGAUUCACUUCAAAUAAACUUUACCUUUAGAGAACUAGUACAUUUACUAGACUAAACGUUGCUUCAAAGAAAAACAAAUUUUACUUAACUCAAAGUACUUUUACUUUCAAUACAUUUUCCUCAAUUAAAAAUAAAAUGAUUCGCUAAUUGAUUUUUGAAAAAUGCGCUCAAAUAAAAGUAAAAGAUAAAAUCAUUCCAAUGUUCUUUAAACACAGAGAUGUUCAGACAAUAUAAACUCAGCAGUAUUACACAGAAAUACUUUGCUCUCAAACAGAAUGUACUAGUAAUGUACUCAGCAUGUAUCUAUCAGUGCAACCUUUUAACAGGAAAUUAUGUUUCUUUAGUUGUAAAUAUCAGCAGACGGAGCACCCAGCUAUCACCAUAAUCAGGUGUAAAUAGCUCAUUUGUUUAUGUGUUUGGUCAGGUCAUGUUAUGCUUAUUUAGCAUUUUAGUUUUCUGCUCGGCCGUAUAAAGGUUCAUGGCUUCUGCUUGGAAUAUUAUAUUUCCAGCUAGUGAUAUGAUAUAACCUUGAAUGGUUUAAACUGAGUUGAUUACUUUGAAAGCAGUUGAUAAUUAUUUAAUAUGAAUGAAUGGAUGAAAUAAUAAUGAUCAGAGACAUGCUGGAAGUUAAUAACUCAGUUUAACAUUCAGAUACCUUAAUGGGCCUUAAACUGUUUUACUCUUUUAUCUUAUUUCAAGAAAUACUUUAUUUUGCUACAUUUGGAUCCUCAAGUUGUUACUUUUAUAUAUUCAUUUUUGUGCACUUUUCUUACUUUGAACACAAAUAAAGCCGCUCCAAAUAUCCAA